AUGCAAACUGUAGUGUCUAAUUACACCCCUCACCAAGAUGAUAGCACUCUGAUAGACCCCCAACACUUUACAAAUGAACAUUUCUACGAUGACCGACUCACUCCAAACGAAAAAGUUAACGUCGACGAAGAUAAAGAAGAUUUAAUCAUAGAUGAAUCAAGAGAAGAUGUAGAUCUUAAUGUCGAUGGAAUAGACACAAGAGAUGAAGGAAUCAACACCAAUGAAGAAAAGAGAGAAGACAUUUUUGAACUGUCUUGGCAUCCGCACGUAUACGGCAAACCGCCCAAGAAACCAACCCCCCAUUCAAUAGAUUACAUUUUAGGAAAUAUAGAUAAAAGUGAGAAGAAAUCAACAGUCUCUCAAUUAAUGAAUGUUAAAAUUAACUUCGAUGUUAAGAAGUCUUUUGGUUAUCAAGAGAAGAGUAUACAAGUGACAGAAAGUGAUAGAAACUUAAUAAAUGUGCAUAAAAAUAAACUGCAGGAACAGUUGUUGCAAAAGGGUGUGAGAACUAGUGAUAGUGAUGAAAAAGUGUAUCACAAGUGUGAGGAGCCACUGAAUUUGUCUGUGCCAAAAUCGAAGGACUCGCCGGGGUGGAUCGAUGAAGAAAGGAUGGUUAAAGGUGAGUCAUCAAAUUCUUAA